CAACACAGUGUGAAGGACAAGAGCCGACAAGCCCGUUUAUAGCAGAUCAGCGAAUGACUGUGAGGAAAAGCUGAUAUUUGCUUUGGAUCGGAGCACAACUCUUAUCUGUUGAUAGAAAGUGAAACUAUCAGACGUUGACUGUGACUGAGAGGGGAAAUGGCACAGCGAGGAAUUCAGCCGGACUCGGCAAAGUUUUGCUGUUCCAUCUGUCUGGAUCUGCUGAAGGAUCCGGUGACUAUUCCUUGUGGACACAGCUACUGCAUGAGCUGUAUUAAAGCCUGCUGGGAUGGAGAGGAACACAAGGAAAUCUACAGCUGCCCACAGUGCAGACAAACCUUCACGCCGAGGUCUGUCCUGGUGAAAAACACCAUGUUAGCAGAGUUAGUGGAGGAAAUGAAGAAGACGGGACUCCAAGCUGCUCCUCCUGAUCUCUGCUACGCUGGACCUGGAGAUGUGGCCUGUGAUUUCUGUACUGGGAGGAAACUGAAAGCCCUCAAGUCCUGUCUGGUGUGUCUGGUCUCUUACUGUGAGCAGCACCUCCAGCCUCACUAUCAAUCCCCUGCCUUUGAAAAACACAAGCUGGUAAACCCAUUCAAGCAGCUUCAGGAGAACAUCUGCUCUAAUCAUGAUGAGGUGAUGAAGAUUUUCUGCCGUACUGAUCAGCAGUGUAUCUGUUAUCCCUGCUCCAUGGAUGAACAUAAAGGCCACCACAAAGUCUCAGCUGCAGCAGAAAGGAAAGAGAGGCAGAAAGAGCUCAGGGUGAGUCGGCAAAAAAUCCAGCAGAGAAUCCAGGACACAGAGAAAGACGUGAAGGUGCUUCAACAGGAGGUGGAGGCCAUCAAUCGCUCUGCUGAUAAAGCAGUGGAGGACAGUGAGGAGAUCUUCACUGAACUGAUCACUUUGAUGGAGAAAAGAAGGUCUGAUGUGAAGCAGCAGAUCAGAUCCCAGCAGAAAGAGGAAGUGAGUCGGGAUGAAGAAGUUCAGGAGAAGCUGAAGCAGGAGAUCGCUGAGCUGAGGAGGAAAGACGCUCAGCUAGUGCAGCUCUCACACACAGAGGAUCACAUCCAUUUUCUACAGAAUUACCCCUCACUCUCAUGUCUCAGUGAAUCUACAGACUCACCCAGCACCAACAUCCGUCCUCUGAGCUACUUUGAGGAUGUGACUGCAGCUGUGUCAGAGCUGAGAGAGAAACUACAGGACCUUCUUAGUGAGGAAUGGUCCAAGAUCUCACUGACAGUGACUGGAAUGGAUGUUUUACUGUCACAACCAGAGCCCAAGACCAGAGAUGAAUUC